AUUUUGACAGGGGAGCAUAAGUGGACACCGGCAGUGAACGCUUCCUGUUAGAAAACACGGACACAUGUUGUUUAGCUUCUCUGAGACAUUCUACAUUCUGUUUCGCCUCUGUCCGUCUCUUGUGACACACUCUGAGCUUUGAGGACACUCCACAGCGUCCUUGUCUGCCUCAAGCAGCUCACCACUGUUGGACCAUCACCCUCUCUGUGACCUCACUCCUCCUCCUCCUCUCCUCAGAAGGCUCCUGCAGCUCAGCCUCUGGAAUAAUGUCGCAAGCCACCAAACGCAAACACGUGGUCCAGGAGGUUCUGGGAGACUUUGUGACGCCCACAGAGAAGCAGCAGAUAGUGAAGAUCACUGGUAGCCGUGGUAACAACCUCCAUGAAACUGUCACGGCUCAGGGCGAGAUCUUCCUGGUGAGCAUGCCCACCAAGUUCCGCAAGAACAUCUGGAUCAAGAGAGGUGACUAUGUGAUAGUGGAUCCUAUCGAGGAAGGAGAGAAGGUGAAGGCAGAGAUCAGUUUCAUUCUCUACAAAGAUCACAUUCAGCAUCUGCAGAAACAGCAGCUCUGGCCCGAGGGUUUUAUGGAGGAGUCUUCAGCACAGGACAAGACAAACAAGCAGCAGGAGACGGCAGGAAAAGAGGAGGAAGAGGAGGUCAGUGACUCUGAAGACGAUGAGAGCGACCUGUUUGUGAACACCAACCGCUGUAACUACCAGUACAGUGAGAGCGAGGAGGAGGACAGUGAAGAAGAGGAGGAGGACAAAUAAGGAAGGACAGAAACUGGCUCACAGCAGAGGACGUGGACAGCUGAGAGUGAGAGCUGUGAAAAUCACGUGACAGUGUGACUGUGCUGUUAUCACUGACCAAUGCAGGGAUCCUCAGGCUGCAGCCGCUGUGGGAGACCCUGGGCUCACUGAGUGAACGUGAACUUACAGAGGAAGGACAAAACAAGUCGUGCUUGUUGUUAACAAUUAAGACAAGACCUCCAGUGGAGGUUUUGCUGUAUUACCAGUACAUUUUAUAUCCAGGUGAUGUAAAACAUUUUCAGGGUCCCUGCUAAGGUAAACGUUUGUAUCUGAUCAGUGUCCUGAUAAAAAUGAAUAGAAACUCAUACAUUUCACCUUCCAAAAUCCUUAUUGUUUGAAAUUAAUUUACAUUCCUGUAAUGUUUGAAGUAUUUGCUGACUUGAUUGAUGAGUAUGGAAGCUGCAAGGAUCAUUUUUGUAGUUGUUUUUGUCCUGAGAGGCAUAUAACAACCAGGCUUUUCAUGCAUGAGCUUAUUAAGGGUUGCAGUGGGGGCGGGAGCCAGUCACACCUGACAUGAGGAGAAAGGUGCGGGACUCCCAGGACAGGUUCGACUGUCAAUCACAGAACAAACACAGACAGACAACAUUCCCUCUCACAUUCACACUGAUGGACAAUUUUAAGAAUCACUAAAGGCAUUUUUGUUUUCUUCUUGGUGAUACUCUGUGCACUCUCAAGCCAAGGUACAUAUAUUAUGUGUGAUUUGUUUUUGUGUUUCUUUUAGCUAAACAUUUAUGUUAACUGGAAAAGAUUUUCUGCCAGGAAGGCGAACGACAGUCUUUGUAUGAAGUAGGUUGUGGUAGAUAAAUGAGACACACACACACAGGACAUUCAUCCCGGAGAUGAGUUUAAAUCUUGGUUGAUUUAUUAUUUUAAUUUCAGAUUUUUUACACCAGAAACAGAUUUCAGAAAGCCUUUGCCACUUUAAAUACAAUUCUACCCAAAAGAGUUGCAUCACUUUCUAAGUUUAGAGUGCAGAGAAAUUAAAAACUAACACGCUAAAUUCAAUCUAGACUGGGGUUCACUAAAAAUAAAUUUUCUAAAGAAACAAUCCUGACUCAAAAAACCUGCCUUUCACAGCUUUUCAGGUUUGGUGAGAAAUAAACAUAUUCUCCGU